AUGUCCCAUGACGGAUACUACGCCUCCUCGCGAGAUGACACGCCGCCGCCGGCCCCACACAGCUCAACCUCGGGCUUUACUGACUCUCCUACAGUCCAUUCGAUGACUGAUUCGAAUGGCCUGAUACCUCGUACUCAUAUAGUAGUCCCACUACAGCUACAAGGGGACGAAAACCAGUCCAUGAUCGAUUCCUAUCGCUCUAUCUCGUCAUCUGCGCUCAAUCUGGCACAGGCAUCAGUAUUAGAUAUUGUAAAGGAAGGCAAGAGGGUCAUCGCAGCCUUUAUGAGUGAAACACAGUGCUACGAUGUGAUAAAAAAUAGUGGAAAAGUUGUGGUGUUUGAUGUCAAGAUUCCCAUUAAUCUUGCCUUUUUUGCACUGGUAGAGCAUGAUAUCAAGUCGGUGCCAAUUUGGGACGCUGAGCAGGGCAAAUUUGUGGGCAUGUUCACCGCAACCGAUUUUGUUAACAUUUUACGGCACUUUUACAUCCGUGGAUCGCCCAUGAAGGAAUUAGCAGAACAUAGUAUUGCCUCCUGGAGAGCGAUUCCUCGAUCGUUGUCGAUGGCACCUACAAGAGAAGAAAUGGUGUCUGUCACACCAGAGCACAACCUAUACGAUGUAUGCAAAAUUCUUCGUGACAAUAGACUUCAUAGACUUCCCGUAGUAGACCCAACCCAGAACUCGGUCUUGUCUGUCAUCACGCACAGCGGGAUUUUGGAAUACCUGGUGGCCACUUUCCGCGAGCAGCGUCGGCUGUUCGACCAGCCCAUCUUUGAUUUAGGCAUAGGCGUCUACUGUGGUUUCGUGACAGUUCCCGAAGACAUGCCGCUUGUUCGCGUGCUGCACACCCUAAUUGAGAGGAGGGUCUCCGCUGUGCCGAUAGUUGACCCCACUGGCGUUGUUGUGAAUAUUUAUUGUGUAUCGAACGUCACCGAGUUAGUGAAGGACCGGUCACUUACCCAAUUAGACAUGCCUGUGGGAGAAAUUCUUAGGAUUCAAGCUGCGGAGGGCAAUGUCGGCGAAGGUCUGCAUCUGUGUUACAAGACUGACACACUUCACAUGAUAUUCGAGCGAUUCGCGGCAUGCAAGGCGCACCGAUUUGUGUGCGUGGACGAGUAUUCACGUUGCGUGGGGCUCGUAUCUCUCAGUGAUUUGUUUAAUUAUUUUCUCGAGUAG